UUUUUUUUUUUUUAAAAAAAAAAGCCCUUCACCAACAACAAGCAAUCAAGAUGACAGAUUACGUUAAACUAUUAAAUUCUCCAUAUUUUAGCAUUGGGUCUUUCUUAUUUUUUCAACAACUAGGAAAAUAUUUAAACCUCGAGGAACAUUUGCUUUUUUUUCGCUUGUUUUAUUUAUCUGCACAAGUAUCUAUCAUAGGCCUCAAUUAUUAUCUGAUUUAUAAGAUCAAACAAAAGAACGAUCAAACUAUAUUGAAAUAUGUUGAACCUGCUUCUCAGAACUGGGAUGGAACUGAAAUAUCUGAUCAAUUAAUAAAUAUAACUGUCAAGGACUAUGAUGUUAACGAGGUCAAUAAAAGUAUUAAACAAUCCGCUAUUGGUAUCUUAAUGAUUGCUUUUCUUCAUUUUAAAAUGGGUUACAUUCAACCUUUAUUAGUUCAGUCUAUUCUAGGUUUCAAAACCUUUUUAUUGACAAAGGAAGCACGUAUUCAUAUCUGGGGAUCUCCUGCUAGUGGUGAUUUAAGACGUCCUUUUAGAAUUGACGCACCUUUUGGUAUGGUAAAUGAAAAAAAGCAACCAAGAACAGAUAAAGGAGCUAUUAAGAAGGCCGAAAAGGCUUUAAAAGCAGCAUAAAAAAAAAGAAAGUAAUUCUUAUUUGUAGAUAUUUAAAUAAAAUUUAGUUAUCCUAUACUUGUACAUCUUUUAUAAACUUAAAA